AUGGGAAAUACACAGCGAGAUAGCAAUGCCAGGCAACAGGCCACGAACAGCUUCGACGUACCUCCUCCUUACACAUACCCAAUCAGUCCAACGCAGUCCAGUCGAUUCUCGUUCUUCAAAACUCUUAAAUCUGGUUUCCGUCCGAAACCUGAUCCCCUAGUCUCAGCGCUAUGCCACGCCGCUAUGCGUGGUGACGAACAACAGGUGUCGGGUCUCAUCUCACAAGGCGCCAACGUCCACGGCCGCAAUGAGGACGGCAACACACCUAUCAAGUGUGCCAUUUUACAUGACCAAACGGGAACCAGUCGCCUUCUCCUCUCAAUGGGAGCAACUACAAACAAGCUACCUCCUCUAUUUAAGGCUGCGUCUGUGGGAAGUUUGAAUGUCUGCAAAAUGCUGCUUGACUCUGGCGAGGAUGUAAAUGAAGUGUCUAAGUCUGGUGAGCUGUAUUUUAUCGAGGUAGUGAAUAAGGGGAACGUGUCGGGUGUGAAGUUCCUCUUGGAGAACGGUGCCAAUCCAGAUGCAUCUACGCUGGCUGGUGGGAGUAUUCUUGCACAGGCCGUCAAGAAGGAUCAAGUCGACAUUGUUCUUGCAUUGAUUGAACAUGGCGCAGAUGUCAACAGUCACGAUAUCCAUGGGAACUCGGUUCUCAACAUAGCUAUUCAGACCGAAAAUACCAAGAUGGUAAAGGUACUUUUGGAAAAAGGCGCCCAGACCAAACCAACCACCAUCCUGUGCACGACAAUCCUCGAGUACACCAUCAACAAAAAGCGCUUGGAUAUUCUCAGACAGCUUGUAGCUGCCGGUGUUGAUCUCGGAUUUACAGAUGCCCAAAACCAACCAAUCAUCAUAAAAGUCAUCAGGAACCCUCUUCUAAAGACGGAUGACAAGCUGGAAGUCCUGGGAAUGCUCAUGGAUAACGGUGCUGAUCACAAUGCCACGGAUAUCACCUUCGGUCUGCCUGCAAUCUGCCAUGCCGUGGAAACAGCCAGCCCGGAAGUCGUCGAAGAACUGCUCAUCCGCGGUGCAGAGACCAAGGUACGCAUGCUGGGAGGCCAAACUAUGAUAACAUACUCCAUUGAUGUGAACCACCGCAAUCACGUCAAAAGUCUCUUAUCUCACGGUGUUGAUGUCAACGAAGUGGACGGCUUGAACAGAACGCCGUUGAUGCUGGCCAUUUUGAGGCUUGACUUUAACAUGGCCAAAUUGUUCAUGGAUUAUGGAGCUGAUCCUAUGGCGGAUGCGAAUGAGAGUGCGAUCAAGUUUAUCAAGGCUUUGAAGAGAAGGGAUUUUCUUGAAAUACUUGGUCUCACGGGAGAGCCACAAAUACUACAUGCCAGGGGCCCAACAGCCGGUCCUUCUACAACUGAAGUUCAUGUACCUGAUGUCCCACCACCAUCGUACGAGGUUGCUGCUGGGAAGGCUUGA